AAUUGUCAAAAUAAAUAUUAAUUUGUCAAGAGAACCCCAAUCAACCCCAAUAAAAUCUAUAUUAUCCAAUUCCUGUGAGAUAGUCAUAAUAGUUAAUAUUUAAAAGUUUGUCUGAUGAUCAAUAAUCAUCGACAUGGCCAAACGAAAGGCUGGGGUGAAUGAUAUAAUUUAUGAAUUGGACAAUGAGGACAUUGAACUCAGUAGCGAUGAAGAGGUUAAAGAACCAAAAAUUAAUCGUACAGAGGUAGUUCAAACUGUAAGUGAUGCUCAAAAUGAAGAGAAUGACAAAGAAAUCAGUGAACAGCAAUCCGCCGUGGAGAGUGGUCGCUGUGAGAAACCCGCAUCUCCGUCGCCUGCGGCAGUGCCGAAUGGAGGGAAAAUGUCCGAUGACUUAGACAUCGGUAACACUGAAAAUCAAAAACAAACAAGUUCUAAACAGACUGAAGAUGAAGUUGAUAGUGUUAAAAAGAUAAGUGAUAGUUCUAAAACUACUAUAUUUAAUGAAGACAUAGUCAUAGAUUCGCCAGGCAAUAGCGAUUUAGGGGUAGAGGGCUGUGAGAAUAGGACACCUUUAGUCACAGUUCGCUUUAGGGACAGUAAAAUGGCAAAUAAUUAUAAGGAACAAGUGAAGACCUUUAUGUUAAAUUUAAUUAAGCUUCAUGAAGGAGAAACCUUUGGCUCAGAUGUUGAGACUGAUUUAGAAUUGGACAUUUGGCCCGAAGAUCUGACUGAAGAAGUCAGCAAGGAGGUUGUAACAAAAGAAGAGAAUAAUUUAUUUUUUGUUGAUACUGACCCUUGUGAUGAACAAAUGGAGGAUGUCCCUAGGUACAGACAGGCAUCAUCUCUUAUAUCGAACGUCCCUGACAAAGAACCUACACCUCCUCCAGCCAGGAGACCUGGGUCCUGCUUCAAUUGUGAUGGUAAUCAUCAAUUAAGGGACUGUGUCCUUCCUAGAGACCAUGCUAGAAUAGCAGAAAAGAGGAAAAUUAUGAAUGCACAAAGAGUUGGCCGCUACCAUGUAGAAGACGAACAAAAAUACGGUCAUUUAAUACCUGGUAGGAUAUCAGGGACGCUGCGGCACGCACUUGGGUUGAAGAGGAAUGAGUUACCACUCCACAUAUACCGCAUGAGACUGCUCGGAUACCCGCCUGGCUGGCUGGAGGAGGCCAGGAUAUCACAUUCCGGGAUCAUGAUGUUCGAUUCAAAGGGUAACGCGACAUUGGAGCCGGAGGAGGAAGAAGGUGAAGUGUCCGAACCUGGCUCCAAAGACAAGUUUGACAUUAAAAAGAUAUUAGACUUCCCUGGGUUCAAUGUGCCCGCGAGUUCGCGGUAUAUAGAGGAGUCACAAAUGUUUGGUUUACCACCGAUGUCGGACCAAGACAGCAAGAUGGCGAUGCUUCAGUACCUAGCGCCGAACGCAAUGAAGGCUUACAAACGUAAGAAGCUGACGUUCUUCCCUUCGGCCAGUCAGAAUACCACUUUUGAGGGACAAGCUGAGAUGGAACUUGAUAGUGGAGACGAAGGAGCAGCAUUCCCAUCUAACCCGCCGUUACCCGACGAAGCCCCGCCACCGCCGCCGCCGCCGCCCGCCAGUCCUCCACCAGCGCCCGCAGACAAGCCUGUUGACAGCGGGGAUGACGUAGAAGUUAUAGAAGUCAUUAAAAUCGACGAUAUUCCUGUACCCAUUGCCGAUCUCAUUACGAUUGAUGAGGAUGAUGGCAACUCACAAAGCAGUGGACGCGGUAGCCCAAGUCUUGACGACUUAGAAGAGAAGAAACGAGUUCUGUUGAAUGCUUUAGACAGUGACGCGACUCCAAACGUGUCGGUUAUUAGUAUACUAGAUUCAACCGAUGAAAAUGUAGAUGAUAAGAUUAUUGAUAUUAUUGACGAAGCCGCGGAGAAAUCUGAUGCGACACAAACUGCAGACAAUAAAGAAAACGCUAGCACAGAUGACAAAGAGAGCGAAUCGCAAGACGCCUCAAGUACAGAACCAAAGCCAACUACCCCGGAACCGUCGUCGUCGAACGUUCUAGAAGCCAAACAAGAAAAGGAAACAAGCACUCCCAAGGUCCCAACUACACCAGAACCAGAGCCAUCAAAGCCAGGACACGUAAAAGGCACGCAAUACGGAACACCCGUCAUGAACAUCGCAUCGUCUUACCUACAACUACCCACAGACGACAAGUUCGCGAAAGACAUUUGUGACGUCAUCAACUUCGAGAACCUUCCAAAUUCGACAGGGAAGUACAAACAAAUAAGUGCAUUGUUAAGGAAAGUUAAGAGUGAAGUGGAUAGGAUACAGGACUCAUGAUCCCCUCCUCCGCCUGUUUAGGCACAGACUGCUGGUUCUUAAUGCAAGAAGUAUGCAUGGAAUUGUUAGGCGUAUGUAAAUGUAAAUUGAGACUCGGUAUUUUUAUACUACUCGUAAGAGUAAUGCAUUUUUUUGGAUAAAAAAGAACAUUUUAACAUGUUAUAUUUAUACAAUGAGUUACCAGCUUUGGUGCGUUUUAGCAUGAUCUCCAUGAAAUAAUUUAAACAUUCAAUUAUGACAGUUCACAUUUUGUUGACAGAUUUGCGUUUUGCAGCUCCUUACAUUUGACCGUUAUAAUACAUACAGUUUUAAGUA